UUACAAGACAUGGAAUAUAGUGGGAAAAUAUUGAGUUAAAUUAAGUUAUAUAUAAUGAUAUUAGAGAGGCUUUGGUGUCUGUGCUCAGAAAGUUCCAAGCGAGGAACAUAUUUUCCCAACCGAGUGAAAAAGUCCCACUGUGGAUGUGACAGAAGCAGAAGUGAUCAGGCGCUCUCAACCAGUCCACCUUAAAACACAGCUCUGACACAAUGUACAUACACAUUUCCUGUAAACGCCCCGUGCAAAGAACCAAGAAGAAAAACUCCAGUGACUCUGACUGACAGUGAGCAGCUCGGCAGCGGUGCUCAGUCGGCCGCGGCAGGUCUCACCCUCAAGGUCAGCGACAGUGACCGCCCACGGGAGUGUGUCAACGCGGCAGCGAACCUGCGCGGAGCUCGUCGGACAUGGAGGUCUGACCCAGCGGGAGGAGGAGGAGGACACACGACGAGACCGCCGGCCUGCGUGGCGGAGCAGUGAACGUUAGCCUAACGUCAAGUUUGUGAGCUUUAUAACUUCAAUGCCGAGUGACACCAUGUUGGGACACCCAGGGUCUUACGCUAACAAGAAGAGGAAGAAGCCCGUCGUCAAACAUAAGAAGCUCUCUGAUGGUAAUGAAGUCGUUAAAUCAAACCCGUCAAAACGCCACCGGGAUCGGCUGAAUGGGGAGCUCGACCGGCUCACGGAGCUCUUGCCUUUUUCUGAGGACAUCCGCUCUCGUCUGGACAAACUGUCUGUCCUUCGUCUCAGCGUGGGAUACCUGAGAGUGAAGAGCCACUUCAAAGCGACCAUGAAGACCAGUAACGGCAGUGGGUUGUUUUCCGGAGUGAAAGGGCACAACGGGAACAACAUGGACAUCAUGGGCUUCUCUGAAGGGGACCUACUGCUCCAGGCGUUGAACGGGUUUGUGAUCGUGGUCACCUCAGAGGGAUUGGUGUUUUAUGUCUCCUCUACAAUCAAGGACUUCCUGGGCUUCCAUCAGUCAGAUGUGGUUCAUCAGAGCGUGUUUGAGCUCAUCCAUACUGAUGACAGGGCGUUGUUCAGACAGCAGCUUCACUUUGCUCUAAACCCACCGACUGUCAGUGCAGGAGGAGAUGUCCUGCAGGCUUGUGGUAGUACAGUGAUGUACUCUCCUGAGCAGCUACCCCCAGAGAAUUCCUCCUUUCUGGAGAGGAGCUUUGCGUGUCGCUUCCGCUGCCUCCUGGACAACUCCUCUGGCUUUCUGGCUCUGAAGUUCCAGGGGAGACUGAAGUACAUUCAUGGCCAUAGGGUCAAUGGGACCUGUAACAAACCUCAGCUGGCACUAUUUGCCAUUGCUAUGCCUGUCCAGCCUCCAACCAUUGUGGAGAUCAGAGCAAAAAUGCUCCUCUUUCAGAGCAAGCACAAGCUGGACUUCACUCCCAUGGGCAUCGAUAGCAGGGGAAAGAUUGUACUGGGCUAUUCAGAGACUGAACUGUGUAUGAAAGGCUCUGGGUACCAAUUCAUCCAUGCAGCUGAUAUGAUGUACUGCGCUGACAGCCACCUGCGCAUGAUUAAAACAGGAGAGACCGGUCUGAUUGUGUUCAGGCUACUGAGUAAGUCAGGUGGCUGGGUGUGGGUGAAGUCCAAUGCCAAGCUCAUCUACAAAGGAGGAAGACCUGAAUUCAUCAUUGCAUAUCAGAGAGCUUUGGUCAACGCUGAGGGGGAGGAAUAUCUGCGACAGAGGAGGCUGCAGCUUCCCUUCAGCUUCACCACAGGAGAGGCCGUCCUCUACAACACCGGUCCCACAGUGGAUAUCACACAGUUUCAGUUCAGUGAUAUGUUCAGUUCCAGUGACGUGCCCAAGGAUGAGUCACCGGGCUCUUUGCUGGACUGCUUCCUGAAACAGGAUAAAUCAGUCUACACCCAGACAGUGGACUCUCCCUUACCUAUGGAUCAUGUGUUCAUGGACAGCCAGGCCUUGGUCAGCAUUGCCAGUGACGCAUGGCAGGAAAACGGGCCCACAGUCCCAACAGGUAACCCUGUUGUAGUGAAGGAGGAGGCCAAACAGGCAGUGAUGAAUGUGAUCGACAACCUGGGGACAAUAGCUCAAAAUGGUGACCUGUGCUCAGUGUUGGAGAACCUUGACAUGGCUGAUACAGAGCUGAUGGAGUGGGAGAAUGCCCUGAAGAGAUUAAGUCAGGAGGACGAACGGCAGAACGUCAGUUCUGAGCUGGACAGCAUCGUCACCAAUGACAUAUUUGACUAUAUUGAUACUGUUUUGUUCAAGGAGAAGAAAGAAGAUUGUCUGAACAGCAGCCCUCCCAGCUGCCUCACAGGAGUCCACCAUCAUCAGCAGGAUCUGUUCACGCAGACUGCCCGGCUGUCAGACACUGGACUCUGUGAGCCGCAGUUGUUUCCGACGCCGAGUCCUGAUCAUACAUACUCUCCAACAAAUGGUAGCUACCCACUCCAGCAGAAUACAAUGACUGGAGCAGUGACUACAGGGACAAGCUUAACAGAGUCUGCUCACACAUUGAGCAGCACUCAGAAACUCUCCCAUCAUGCUCCCCUGAUUACUCAGGUGGACACCAACCUGCCCCCUCAUCCGGAGCUGCAGGACAUUUUCAACAUGUCUGUCGAGCUCCUGCAGCUCACCGUCCCCGAUGCCCUUGCUCAUGAUGCCUCAGCCCUGUUUCAGUCCUGUGGGCAGGCACACGGCGGCUGCCCUCAGGGGACUUACAGACAGACACAGUCCAGCCAGCUUCCACUUUGUCCUCAAAACAAUUUGCAAGCUCCUGCAAUGGCAGCCAACCGACAGCUGCUGCAGAGCUCUGUGAAACAACCAAACAAUGUAGUCCCUGGCGCAAUGGACAUUUUGCCACCCCUGAUUCCUUGUAAUGACUUUGUUUCUUCCAGCACACCUAAUAUUCCCAUUCCCUUUGCCCCAGGACGUCGACAAGGAAGCCCCCCUUUGGAAACACACAACCACCAGGGUCAGCAGUGGCCACAGAGCCAGCAGCACAAGCUGCUUCAUGCUGGCGCCAUGCAAAAUGGACAUGAGCUGGUGCCAGCAUGCCACAGCCAAACUUCAGACAGCCAGACAUUCCCCCAUGCUGGCCAUAUCCCAAGGACUGUCACUGGACUGAACCACACUCAGCAGGGAGGGCUGGCAUGUGGCCAGGCAGUUACUCGUAGCAGCUGCAUGUUCGACCAGCACUUUUCUUCCAGUCUAGCAGGAGGGGACGUCCUGGCUCUCUCAGGGUCUUCAGGCCCCAGGGGGACCGACCCACCUCUGGAUCAGAGUCCUCCUCAAGGUUCCUGCUACUUCCAGUGGGGCCACAGCGAGCCUGUGGUCGGCACAUCAGCCAUCAGCCAGGAGAACGCAGACAUCAGUCCGCUGACUGCUCCGCCUAGCAUGCCCUCCUCAGAACACACAUUCAGCCUGCAGCACUACCUGGAGAGCCACAGACAGACACAAGUCAACAUGUCCCACUGUGGGCUGAAUAACUUCUCCCAACAGUUACAUUACAAGAGGACAUAAAACGUUAGGGGGGGCAAAUUAAUGAGAAAGAAUUAUUUUCAGGCCAUAAAUAGAUAUAUGAUCAGUUAAAUUAAUCAGUUGGUUUAAUCUAUACAAUGUCAGCAUACAGGAACAAAUGCCAGUUUCCAAAAGGCCAAAGUCACACAUUCAAAUCUCUUGUCAAACCCAAAGAUAAACUGUCUACUGUGAUAGAAAACAAAGAAAUGUGGCAUUUAAGAAGCUGGAAUCACUAAAAUAAAUUUUCCGUCAUCAGUUCUGUAAUCCAUUAGUGACUAAUAUGUUUCAGUACUAAUUAAAUGUCAUAAAGACAAAACAUUGAAAAACAAAAAAAGAAUUCAAAGUGGAAUUGUAAACCAGACGUUUACAUCAAUUAUCAGUAUCAAUAUGUUUUAUCAGUUGCAUUUUCUUUACAUUUUUAUUAUGGCUUCAUGAUUACUACACGUCAACAAUCAUC